AUGCGGUCGCCCAUCUUCAAGACCCUCCCUCCCAACGAGAUCAACCAGCUCAUCACCGAGUUCCAGCUCUUCUACGUGAAGGACAAAGCCACCAUCGAUCCUUCGGCGUAUAACGGUUUCAGCCUGAGCAGCAAGAAAAAGAUACAAAAAUUGUAUAAAAAGAACACCACCCCCAAAAAUAAGAUCUAUCUCAAAGAUUUCCAGUAUCUGAAGAAACUAGGAGAGGGACAGUUCGGGCAAGUUUUCCUAGUAAAGAAUAUCCAGUACGGGACUAAUCUGUACGCGAUUAAAUGCCUCUCCAAGGAGGAGAUCAAGAAGGAAGAAAUGGAGGCCAGCGUGCUACAGGAGAAGCAAAUCUUGGAGAAAACCAUCUUCCCCUACAUCGUGGGCUUCGUGAAGGCCUUCCACGACAAGAACUACGUUUUCCUACUAAUGGAAUACAUCCACGGGAAGGAGAUGUUCGACGUCAUCCGAGAGAUCAAGUCCAUGAGCAUGGAGAUGGUCAAAUACUACUUCGCCUGCCUCAUGGUCUCCAUCGAGUACCUCCACUCCAACAGCGUCGUCUACCGCGACCUCAAACCCUAA